GGAUCAUAUGGGGCUCAGGGCUCAGGAGUAGCUUCAGGUUUGCUGGGCUUGUAUUUGCCUCCUGUGGAGAGGCUUGUUCUUUGCUUGAGCUCUGAAUAUUUCAUCCUAGCCCUCCAGGUAGAGAGGGGUUGAGGGCAGAGAAUGCAGUAGGGUACGGUGGCAAAAUGAGCUACAGCCAGCCCUCUCAAUCUUUUUCUUUCCCAAGGGUCUGCUGUGGGAUUACCAAAAUGUAAAUAUCUUGGUAAAUUAAUGCGAUCCUUGACAAUUUAGGAAAGGGGAGAAAAACAGAGCCCAACAACUUCUUACAUCAGGGAGAUCAGGGGAAACGUGGCUCUGGUUUCUCCUGCACGUGCCUUUGGGUGGGGUCUGAGAAAUAGUGGACCUGCUCUUUCUUUAUGUCCAGGGGAGGACAGCCUCCAAGAGCCCAACCCUCCCUAACACCACACAAGUAGUGAAAAGCUAAGAUUUCUCAGCGGAGGCAGAGCACCAGGGGACAUUUGAUGCCUGCCUUAUUCAAGUCACCAAUAAUCUGUCUUGCAUCACACACUUUUGUUAGAAUUGGCUAAUAGGCCGCAUGCUUCUGCCGAAGGCCAGGAUAUAAGCAGUGACCCUGCAAGCUGACUUCCGGAACUGAGUGAGGCAGGGAGCAACCGACAUGGGGCAUGCUGGGCGCCAGUUCCAAGCCCUGCUCUGGAAGAACUGGCUUUGCCGGCUCCGACACCCAGUCCUCUCCCUGGCUGAGUUCUUCUGGCCGUGCAUCCUGUUUAUGAUUCUGACAGUGCUUCGUUUUCAAGAACCCCCCAGACACAGAGAGAAUUGUUACUUGCAAGCCCGGGAUCUGCCCAGCCGGGGUGUUCUUCCUUUUGUUCAAGGACUUCUUUGUAACACUGGCUCACGCUGUAGAAACAUCAGCUUUGAGAGUUCCAUGGAUCACCGUUUUCGUUUGCCUAGGUUCCAAACUGCAUCUGAUGACAGAAAAGUCAGUAGCUUGGCCUUUUUGAAUGAGAUUCAGGACCUGGCUGAGGAAAUUUUGGAAACGAUGGACAAGGCAAAGAACUUACAAAAACUCUGGCUAAAAAGAUCGGAGACCCCAGGUUCCUCUUAUGGCUCCAGUUUUCUAACAACGGAUCUCAAUAAAACUGAGGAUGUGAUAUCAAAAUUGGAGAGCCUUCACCAGCAGCCUCAUAUUUGGGAUUUUCUACGUUCACUGCCCAGACUGCACACGUCCAGUGUUCACUUGGAAGAUAGCAUGGGUGCUGUGACACACUUUCUCCAGGCGGGUUUGAAUUCAUUAGCAUCUCUGGGAGAUUUGGAUUGGCUGCCACUGCACCAGACCAUCCCCCAGGUUUCUAGACAUGUUCUGAAUGUGACCGUCUCCACCCUGAGGUUUCUGCAGCAGCACGGAGCAGCUGUCAAUGAGACAGUUUACCACCUGUCCCUGAAGAAUAUGUUGUGGGAUCCCCAGAAAGUCCAGUCUGAUCUCAGAUACCAGUUUGGUUUCAAUGACCUUCAAGUGCAACACAUCCUGAAUUAUUCAGCCAAGCGGGAGGAGAUUCCUACACACAGCUUCCUAGAGAGGAUGGUAUGUUCCAUCUUGUCCAAUACUUCUGAGGACGAAGCACAGAGCAGGAGCUACCAGGCAGACUGUCAUCCCAAGUGGUCAGCAGUCAAGAACUACAUCAUCCAUGCCGUCAGUUGGCCGAAACUCUAUGGACAGGUGUUUGACCAGUGGCAGCAAGGUAGUCUGCGGCAGAACCUGCUUGCGGGUACCAGCCACAGUCUGGCAGCCCUUAGGGACCAGUUUAAACAGCAGAGCGAGUCAUGGAAGGUGGUGGAGGCCCUGCACACGGCCCUGCUCAUCUUGAAUGACAGCUUGGCAGUGGAUGGCCCUGGAGACAACCAUCUGUUUCCACAGAUAUUCCAGGAUCUGGACAAGUUGCAGCAUGCAUUGUCAGAACUGUCCCCAUGGCCAUCUCUGAAGAGAUUGCCCCUGCUGGAUACUGUUCUCAGGAACGUGGUCUCCCAGGACUUGCAAUUUGUUCAAGAAGUCCUCAGUUACCUGGAGAGGUCAGCAAGGGAUUUUAUACCUGCUGGGUCUGAAGGAUGGAGACUAGAAAAGGAUGUGUUCUUUCAGGGUCUAAACCAGCUGUUGACAAAGAAUGCUUCUACCUUUUGCCUGAAUGGACAUUUGUCUCAGGAGGCUCCCCUCCCCACCUGGAACGCCAGCCUCUGGAGGAGUGUCUGGGGAGUGCUAUGCCAUACCCCCUCCUUCAAUGAGACCAGCAUUUUAAAUAAGCUGCUCCGAGCAGUGAAGGGUGCUGGUCGUAGUUUGCAAGCUGUCAUUGCAGGACACACAAAUAGGUCAGUUUCAGAACACGGUGGGCAUUUCGGCUGGCAGGAUCUUGGGGCACAGCUGUCAGAAGUGAGCUUUGCCUGUUCUCGGGUCUUCCAGUUUCCAAGAGCUGCUGCCUCAGCUGAGAAUAAUGUCUCUCCUGGCAGCUGUGAGAACCAGCUUGUCUCCACCGUGGUAUCACACAUACUUGGAGAAGUACAAAUGUCCAUGCAGCAAAUGUCCUACUGGGAAAUCAUCUCAGGGAUCAUCAGGAAGACGUGUGAAUUGGCUCGAUAUGUGAACAUGCAUGGAAGUUUCCAGAACAGUCUGAUAUCUUUCUCUGAGGACUCUCCUUGUGAUACACAAAACAUGGAUUGGAAAGUCAUCGUUGAUAAUUAUUUUGUAUUUUUCAAUAACUUUAAGAAGUCUCCAAUCACUUCCAUAACCAGUGAGCUUGUUCUGAAUAGAAGUGUUUCAUGGAAAAAUCAUUUUAAAAGUUUAAAGGCAGACUCUGCUGCUGCUGCUGCUGCCCAGAAACUUCUGGAAUUUGAUAAAAUGGUCAUUGAAAAAAUUCAAAGGUUUAAAAAUCAUUGGAUGGGUCAGGAAUCCAAAAACACGUUGAGAUUCAUAGAAUUAAUAAUUCUUGAAAUUAAUUCAGAACUGCAAGAAUUCUGGCUCAAUGGCAUUUCUCAAGAAGAAAGAGCUAACAUUGAAAUCUUGUCCAGACUUGUAAAUUUUUCUGUUGCAGACUAUGAAAAAAAUUUUUUCAAAAGCUUUAAUUUCUCUCAGUUGUUCCAUUCCAAUUGGCCCAGAUCACCAGCCAGGAAUGCAGACUUUAUACAUUUAAGUGAGACUAUAAUACACAGUCUCUAUGAACUUAGCUUUCUGACACAGGAGCAAGUCUCAAUAGCUCUGAACACCAUCUAUGCUCUGCAGAACACAUCUGAGUUUUUCUCAGCCCUCUCUGAGCCACAAAAACAAGAACUGGAUAACCUUUUGACUCAUACAUACAUAAAUGUCUUCAAGGACAAAGACAUUGCUCUAUUUCUGAAAACCUUUUCUUCAUUCUAUCAAUAUCUUCAUAAAUUCCUCAACAUUCAAAAUAGGGAGCCUCUGAUAACUUAUCUUACUCAAGUCUCCAGACACAUUUUGGACCUCAUAAAGCAGUUUAAUAUCCAAAACCUCAGACGAGCAUUUUUGUUUUUAUCGGAGGCAACAGAGGCUCUCGGGACAAUACCUGAAGUAUCUUACUGUCGGCAGUUGCUUUCAAUUUUUAGCCUCUUAGAACUUGAAGCCCAGUCCCUGAUGGCGAGAGGAGGACCAGCGGAAGCAGUGAUUCAUGCUAGCUUGACAGGUCUCAAGCAGCUGUUCUCAGCGGAUGAAGGCUUUCGUGUUUCUUUACUUCAGUAUGUCGCUCAGUUUUUAAAUGGUUCAGCGGAAACCCUGUUGGCGAAUGAAUGCUUCAUUCUGAAAAAUGCCACCAUUUCUUCUGUGAAUUAUUCAGGAAAUGAGGGGUCUUCCCUUCCUUUUCCAUGGACACAAUUUUUUUCCAACCUCUCAGUAAAUGGCAGUGAGAUCAGUGAGUUUACAGCCAUUCACUGUACACUUUCAUGGAUUCAGACAUGGACUGAGAUCUGGGGAAGCAUUUCUCAAAUAUUUAAACUUGACCAGAGUAUUUUUACUCCUUUGCAUGUUGGUAUCACUCAGCUUUUGGAUGACCUGGGAAAUGGCAGGGACAUUUCUAAAGACUGCCAAGGGAUAGUUCCCACAUAUCAUACUGCUAGGCUCAUAUUAAAUUUGUUUAAAAAUGUAACUCAAGAGAAUGGCUUUCAUGACUGGGAUGACCUUCAGAACCUAAGGGAUCUUUGGGUAACAUUUGAUAAUGAAUUAACUGCAGUACAAUCACUUAACCUGGACCAAGUAGAGAAGUCUUUUAUCACCAUGGAAACCUCCCUGCACCAGCUGAAGACAUUUCCAAUGAAAAUAAAUGCAAGCAGGGAGUUCUUAUAUCCUCUGUUUGAUGUUUUCCUUGAGUUAAGCAAAGCCUCAGACUAUGUGGAUAGAGAUGUGGAGUUGAUCAAUAACUUCCUUUCAACUAACCUCACUGAUCAUCGAGCCGAAUUUGCAAGUGUCAUCACUGAGCUAAGAGAAACAAUAUUACUUCUUAGGAAUGUGUCACAGGGUAGAGCUUUAUCAUCAUGUGCUGAUAUUUUCCAGAGAGUCACUGAGUUGAUUUUCGAAGAUAGCUUGUUACCUGCGAACACUUCUAAUAAGCCAGCACAUAUUCUGGCCAUGUUAAGCUCUGUAUUUUCAUCAAAGAACACAAGUAGCAGCCUGGAAGGGUGCAUCGCAUGGACAGAUAUCAUAAACCGUCUGUGUAUAAUGUGUAACUCAAGUUCCUUACCCAGACAUAGUCAUAGCCUAUUGGGAAACUUUAAGGAUAUAGGGAACAAAAUGAGCUAUGUAUUGAAAAUUUUAACUUGGAUGCUAAAUAAGAAGGUACCCACUUGUCCAUGGAAUGAGUCAAACAUACAUUGUAUAAAUAUUUACCUGAAAGACAUAACUGAUUUUCUAAAUAUUAUACUUGCCACAGGCUUGGAAAAGGAGAACGUGCCCAAUGUUGAGAUUUUAUUAGCUCUUUUCAAUGAUUCCACAAAGCAGGUAGGUAUGAUCAUCACCAACUUAACCAAAGAGCUCAACGUUGCCUCCCAGUCCAACUGGAAGCACUUCAAAGAUUUACUUCUAAGACCCAUAGAAAUGUCAGAUGACAUUCCUGACCAGUUUCAGAAGAUUUGGCAGCACAUCAUAGAAUUGGGGAAGGAAAUGCAGGCACUUCUAAAAGGUAUUUUCCCUAGUGUCCUUGGAAAGAAUUCCUCUUCUGACAUUGAAACAAUGUUUAGUGUAUUCUCUACCAGUCCAAAGGAACGAGAUAUAAACCAUCUAGGCAAAUCAAUUUACAACUUAGCUAACUACUUUGCUGUCAACUUAACUCAUAAUCUUCAGAAUUCAUCAGAAGUAGUCCCACAUGAAAUAUUGAAAGCUGUGGAUCUUGGUAUCCAGUUGACAAGGGAUGUGUUCAAUUCUUUAAUGCCUGCUGUCCGUUUCAAUAUUCCUCAAAAUUCAGAUCAUGCUCAAGCUUUAAAGAAGGUGACAUCUCUCAUGCAUUCUCUCAAGAAGGCAGACAUAGAUCUCUUAGUAGGCCAGCUUGGAGAAAACAGUGAAAUCCUAAUGAGUUUCUUUAAGAAUCUUAGCAGAUCAGGUAUCAACAGUUUAGGGAUCAAUACGCUUGUGGGCUUACUGGAAAAAUUUGUGGACAGCUCCCAUUCAUGGAGUGUUAGCCAGCUGCUGCGCCUCUCCCGUCUGCUUCCCAAGGACGUGGUGGAUACUGUGUUGGAUGUAUAUUAUGCUCUUCCCCACAUUGUGGGACUUCUGCAGAGAAUCACAGAUAAAAACAUCACAGAAAGCCUCAGGGAUGUCUAUAACUUUACCCUUCUUCAUGGAAUAGCCAUGUUCAAUAUCACCAAGGAAGACUUUGCUGAUGUGGCUAAAACUCUUCGGGAUACAGUUGAGUUGGUAUCAGAUGAGCCAACUGUCGUUCCCGAGGUUUUGAUGUGCCUUAGCAGGAUUUGGUGCUCAAACUACACAACUCUCAGGCUUGAGAGAAACCCUAAGGUGGAAGGCUGUAACAUCCAGAGGCACAUGUCUUCUUCCUUUCUUCGCAUGGUGGCCACUUUACUGGAUCUUCUUCACCUGCCCCCGCCGAGUGACUCACAGUGCAUAGGUGAAAAGUCUCGAGGGGAAAUAACCAGGAGAGUGGUCUGUGCGGUUCAUGAGCUAGCAGACUGGAAUUCCAUUCUCUCGGAGCUGUUGGAGAUGUUCCGUGGUGAAAAUUUACUUUCGAAAAUUCUGCAGGGAUUUUGGCAAAGGGUAUUACCCUUCAUGUCAUCUUUAGGGAUUCAAGGCAAUGGCAGCACCCCAGAACUUUGUCCUAGUAGUACCAUAAAGCAAGGUGCUUUGCAAAUCAUAGAAAAGCUAAAAUAUGGCAAUUCUACAAAAUUCCCACUGGGUGGAAACAUUCUGGACAAGCUAGGUAAGUUAGACAAGAUUCUUAACUUCACUAAAGGCACAGAGAAAUCUGUCCAAAGUAAUGUUUACCUAAACUUGGAAAGGAUAUUCAAAUUGAUUUCUGCUACGUGGACUUUAAGAAAUAGUACUCAAUAUCUACUUUCUCCAUUCAUGAACUUUCUGAAUGUAAAUCAUACAAAUAGGAGUUUAUUUAAAAAUGAUAAAGCAACUUACAAAUUUGAAGAACAGUGGUUAGAAUUUAAACAUAUUUUCAAAGACCUAGCCAGUAACUUGAGUCUAGGACAAUUAUUUUCUGAUAUUAACAAAAACAUCCAAGGUGUAGGCCUUCAAAACACAACUGUGCAAUUUUCUGAACUUCUGGAACUCCUGGAUUCAUCACCAUUGAAGGCACCAGAAAUUAUUGAAGAUUUCUUAUUUCUCAUAAAAGACUGGCUUCGUGGGUAUGAAAAUGAAGAUUUCUUUAGGUUUAUGCAAAGACUACUCAAUGCCAUGGCUAGUAAAAAUUCAACUGAUGUAAGUAUGUUGGCCAGGGAUUUUACUAUGUAUUUAGGCUAUCUCAGAAACCAAUCUAGAGAAGGCAAUUUUGAUGUUGGCUUUCUCAGCCAUAUGCUAAAUCAGGAACAGCUCACUGACCUCUCAGCUAUUCAGUGGUUUCUUGAAAGCAUUGUGAUGAAUUCAGUUAAUAACUUUGCUGAGCUAUCUCAGCAAGCGGCUCCCAGUUUCAGUGGCACUACCCUUCAAAUAGCUGAUUUCAUGAAUCUCAUCUUGAACCACAUGCAGUCCAAAAAUGAUGGGGAAGCUGCAGGACGCACAGAGGAUUUCCUGAAGCAGCUUCUGGAGACAUUCUUCUCCUCCUUGCUAAGUGGACUGCCUGAGAAUCAAAUAUCCCUCCUGCUAAAAGACUUCCAUAGCAAUGUCACUGCAGAGACAAGAGAUAAAAUUCUUGAAAGUCUGAAACUGGAUCCAGUCUUUACCUGGAUGAACAAGAGCCCAUCGAUGAACAUUUUCUCAAGUCUCAAGACAAUAUAUUAUCUGAUUAAGGACUCAAUUUCGUUAGGCAACAGAGAACUCUCUGGAAUCCUGAAAGGUUUAUCUCAUGAAGAUCCAAGGGAACCCAUGGUGAAAACUGACACUGAAGGCCAUUUGGACUUUUUUACAGUAGUGGCUCAGUUUCUCUCCCAGGUUAAUACUUCUGAGGACCUCUCCAAAUUCAACCAAAAUCUCAGGUCUGUUCUCCACCUGGUACAGGAAAGUUCUGCAGAAAUGGCUACUAUUAUGGACAUAGUCUUACACUCAACUACUCAGGCCUGCCCUUCCUCCUAUCCUAUGCUCCAACACACCAUGGUUGCUAAGCUAAGUGACUUGUUUUCUGUUGUCAACAGUUCCUUCCCCCUAAGAAACAGAGAAACACUAGAAUCAACUAUGAGGUUAUUUGCAACCAUUUCCCGAGUUGGUGAAGAAAGUCACGUCUUGGAGUCAGCCUUAGAAAUAUCUAGAACUCUGACUAUGCUGGUGAAUAGCACCACUGAACUAGGCAGUCUUGCCUCAUCAGUGGACUCCAUAGUGAGACUUCUCAGCCUAGCUAAAAAAGUUUCAAGAAAGAUGGCUACGAUGUUGAGAACCCUCUCCAUCUUUAGUAGAGAGGACUCUGGGAAAUUCUUUGACACUUUGUAUUCCAUUGUGCUGCAAAAUGUUCAACGUCAUGUGAAACAGACGUUGAAAAAAGUAGAUCCUUCCAUACUUGAAAAGACAAAGGAAUUGUUGAUACCAUUUCUUGACUUGGUCUUUGGAAUGAUUGGAAUAACACCUAAUGUAUCACAGGACUCUGAUGUUUUCAGCAUAUCAUCUAACAUGCUUUCCUAUGUCAACCAGUCCAGAGACUUUUCUGAGAUUUUGGAAGAACUGGCUGGAAACUUAACUUCUAUAAAAAUCAGCUCGAGAGAUUGGGAGCAUCUGGUGGUGAUGAUUAAAAACAGGACUCAAAAUUUCUCUAAUGAUGCUGGUGACUUAUGGGAAGGAAUUCUAGAUUGUUUAGUGCCUAUAAGUAACAUCACAAACCAAAUGGACUUCCUGAAGCUUCAUGAGCUCUCUUCUACCAGGCAUCCUCAGGUCCUGAAACAGGAGAGAAGUCAUGAUAUAAUCCGCUUUUUGGAUGGAAUGUUAACAGAUAACAGCACAGAAAGAGAAACUUUCUUGAAAAUGGUGAUUGACCUCACAUUACAAGCUCUUUGGAAUGGCUUAAAGGAAGAUAACUGGGAUAUUUUUAAUCUUCUGUUGACAUUUGCCCGGAAUCCAAAUGACCUUUUAAAGACCAUAGAAUCAGUUGUAGAGGCUUCUAGUGAAAUUCCCAGCAGCUCUCUAAAUGAUUUCAACCAAGAUUCAUUUUCCGAUUUGUCACUGAUUCAAAACACCACUCGCUAUCAGCUUGCAAAGGCAGUCUUGAUUGGUCUCAGCAGAACGGGCUUCUCAAGGGGAGGGCUGCCCUUAAACAACACUCAGUGGACACAUUUCACACAUAGUUUGUUUCAUCCAGAUUACAACAGUUUUUCUAAUUCAGCCCCUCACCAGAAUGUCACACUAGCAGAGGAUGGGAGGACCAAGGAAGAAAUGAUGGCAAUUCCUCAUGGCUUUGGACCAGUGUCAUCCCUCCAGAAAUUCCUGAAGGCAUUAUUUGUAUCGAUUGAACAGUGGCAGAAAGUCCCACAAGCUGAGCAAAGUGUUUUUGAGAUGUGUCAAGUUUUCCGGCAGCUGCAGAAGCCCAUGGAAGCUGUGGAGAUGCUGCACAGAGUGGAGAUGAUGACUCUGCGGGUGUUCAUAAUCCUUGCAGGAAACCCUUCCCUGACUAAGGAUAUUCUCUGUUCUAUGCUGAGUUGCAAGCAAGGUGGGAUGAGACACCUUAUUUUGUCUGCUUUGCAAGGAGUCACCUUAGUCCAUCGCCACUACCAGGAAAUUGGAAAGAUAUGGUCCUCGCCCGAUCAACUGGACUGUGAACGUCUUAGCAGAAAUCUUUCCAGCGCCUUGGAAGGCUUUAAAAGCAUCUUGGAAAAUACUUCCAGCCAUGGCUGUACAUGCCAGCCUCCGGUGGGAACGGUUCAGCAGCACAUGCACAGGUUGACCAAAAGUCUCGAGGAGGCUUGGAUGUCAAAGGUUCCUGUUAUAAAAUUCCUUAGCAAUCUCACCGUCACAGAGGAUGUAACAAUAAAGGAUUUGGUGAAGAACACCACCAGAUUAACUGAAGACCUUCGCACCUUCUUCCACAUCUCUGAGGAAACCAUCCACAGCGUCUUAGAAGCCAACAUUUCCCAUUCAAAGGUUCUCUCCAGUGUCCUCACAAUAGCUUUGUCUGGAAAAUGUGACGAAGAAAUUCUUCAUCUUCUGCUAACGUUUCCUGAGACUGAAAAAUCCUGGUUUGCCACAAGGGAACUCUGCAGCCUGCCUGGGUCUCAAGUCUUCUCUCUGCUCGUGAUGAUGGGCCAGAACCUGAAUCUAAGGAGCCUCAUUUACAAAACUCUGAUACCCUCUGAAGCAAAUGGCUUGCUGAAGUCUCUUUUGGAUGUCAUUGCGAGCCUCAGCUCUAUCGUGGCCCGAGCCCGGCACACUCUUGAGUACCUCCCUGAGUUUCUUCACACAUUUAAAAUCACCACCUUGCUGGGCAUGUCAGACUUCCAACAGGUUUCAACGAAUGGACCAGCCAGAAGUUCAGCUUUCAGCUCUUUCCAAUCUGUGAUGAAGCUUCUCUGUAAGGACCAAGAGUCUUUUCUCAGCAAUUCUAACAUGUUCAUUAAUUUACCCAGAGUUAAUGAGCUCUUGGAAGAUGACAAAGAGAAGUUCAACAUUCCUCAGGACUCAACACCCUUUUGUUUGAAGCUUUAUCAGGAAAUUCUACAGUCCCCAAAUGGUGCCCUGGUAUGGUCUUUCCUAAAACCUGUAUUACAUGGAAAAAUAUUGUAUACACCAAACUCUCCAGAGAUUAAUGAGGUCAUUCAAAAGGCUAAUUAUACGUUUUACUUUGUGGAUAAGAUAAAAAUUUUAUCGGAAACAUUUCUGAAGAUGUCCAGCCUUUUCCAGGAAAGUGGAAAUGGCCAAAUGUUCAAACAGUUGCAGGAUGCCCUGAGAAACAAAUUUAUAAGAAACUUUGUAGAGAGCCAGUUGCAUAUUGACAUGGACAAGCUCACUGAAGAUCUGCAGACAUAUGGACAGAAGCUAGACAAGAUGUUUAACCAUAUGGAGGCUGGAAACUUCCAGUUCUUGGGUGGUAUCUUGGCCAAUCUCUCUUCCUGUGUGCUGUUGGACCGAUUCCAGGCAGUGGAGACCGUUGAUACUCUGGAGACCAAGGCACAUGAACUCAUGCAACAGAAUAGUUUCUUGGCCAGUAUUAUAUUCAACAGUUCCUUGGGACACAGGCACAUUAGAUCAGCACCUCACAAAUUGCCACCCCACGUCACAUAUACAAUCCGGACCAAUAUCUUAUACAGCAUGAGGACAGACAUGAUAAAAAAUCCUUCCUGGAAGUUUCAUCCUCAGAACCUACCAGCCAGCGGGUUCAAAUAUAACUACAUUUUUGUCCCACUACAAGACAUGAUCGAGAGAGCCAUCAUUGUGGUACAGACUGGGCAGGAAUCCCUGGAACCAACUGCACAGGCACAGGCAGCUCCCUACCCAUGCCAUACCAGUGACUUGUUCCUGAACAAUGUUGGCUUCUUUUUCCCACUGAUUAUGAUGUUGACUUGGAUGGUGUCUGUGGCCAGCAUGGUCCGGAAGCUGGUUUAUGAGCGAGAGAUCCAGAUAGAAGAGUACAUGCGAAUAAUGGGGCUGCAUCCGGUCAUCCACUUCCUGUCCUGGUUCCUGGAGAACAUGGCCACCCUGGCUCUGAGCAGUGCUGCCCUCGCUCUCAUUCUGAAGAUGAGUGGCAUCUUCAUGCACAGUGAUGCCUUUAUCAUUUUCCUUUACUUGCUGAAUUUUGGGGUGUCAGCUGUCAUGCUGAGCUACUUCCUAAGUGUGUUUUUCAACAAAGCUAAUACAGCAGCCCUGUGUACCAGCCUGGGGUACAUGAUCAGCUUCCUGCCCUAUGUGGUCUUGUUGGUCCUACAUAACCAACUCAGUUUUGCUCUUCAGACCCUUCUGUGCUUACUUUCAACCACAGCCUUCGGACAAGGAGUCUUUUUCAUUACAUUUCUGGAAGGACAGGAAGAAGGGAUCCAGUGGGGUAACAUGUACCGAGCUCCAGAGCCAGGGGGCAUGACAUUUGGCUGGGUCUGCUGGAUGAUUCUGUUUGAUUCAAUCCUUUAUUUUUUGGGUGGAUGGUAUUUCAGCAACUUGGUCCCUGGAACUUUUGGUUUAGGGAAACCAUGGUAUUUCCCCUUCACUGCAUCCUAUUGGAAAAGUAUAUGUGGUCUGAUGGAAAGGAGGCGGUGCUCUCUGAGUUCUGGUCUGUUCUUCUUCAAUGAGGACUUUGGCAACAAAGGGCUCUCACAGCAAAAUGGCCCAGGAGAGAUGGAAGGAGGGAGCCCAGGAGUGGCUCUGAUAUCUGUGACCAAGGAGUAUGAAGACCACAAGGUGGCUGUCCAGGAACUCACUCUCACCUUCCACAGAGACCAGAUCACAGCCCUGCUGGGGACCAAUGGCGCAGGGAAAACCACCAUCAUAUCCAUGUUGAUGGGCCUCUUUCCUCCUACUUCUGGAACCAUCAUCGUAAAUGGCAAGAACCUGCAGACAGACUUCUCUAAGGUCAGAGAGGAGCUGGGGGUGUGUCCACAGCACGAUGUUCUCCUGGACAAUCUCACUGUGAGGGAGCACCUAAUGCUCUUUGCCUCCAUAAAAGCACCUUGGUGGACCAACAAGGAGCUACGGCAGCAAGUCAACAAAACUCUUGAAGAAGUAGAGCUAACUCAGCAUCAGCACAAGCCAGCUCGAGUUCUCUCUGGAGGCAUGAAGAGGAAACUCUCCAUUGGCAUUGCUUUCAUGGGCAUGUCAAAGACAGUGGUUCUGGAUGAGCCAAGCAGUGGGGUGGACCCUUGUUCCCGUCGUAGCCUCUGGAACAUUCUACUCAAGUACCGAAAAGGGCGCACAAUUAUCUUCACAACCCACCACCUGGAUGAAGCUGAGGUGCUCAGUGACCAUGUGGCUGUUCUCCAGCAGGGGAGGCUCAGAUGCUAUGCUCCCCCUGCAGGCCUCAAGGAGACCUAUGGCCAAGGACUCACCUUGACACUCAGCAAACAACCCUCUGUUUUAGAGAGCCAGGAGCCCAAGGAUGUGGCUCGUGUUACAUCCCUGAUACAGGUCUACAUUCCACAAGCAUUCCUCAAAGAUAGUAAUGGAGGUGAGCUGACCUAUACCAUCCCCAAGGAUGCAGACAAGACCUGCUUCAAGGGGCUCUGCCAGGCUCUGGAUCAGAACUUACAGCACCUGCACCUGACGGGAUAUGGGAUCUCAGACACCACCUUGGAAGAGGUAUUUUUGAUGCUGCUGCAAGAUACCAACAAAAAGUCUUACAUCACUCCAGACAACAAAUUAGAGUCUCAGAAUGAGAAACCUGUAGGACCAUGUCUUCGCCACUGUGGCUCUCUUAUGAGAACUCUACCAGAUUCCCUGCCUGAGCCAAUGGGUGGCUGUCAGCUUCUUCUGGGACAAGCAGGGGCACUCCUGAGAAAGCGGCUACUGCAUACACUCCGAGCUUGGAAAAGCACCACCUCAGAUCUGUUCCUACCUGUGCUCUUUGUGGCCUUGGCCAUGGGCUUGUUCAUGGUGCAGCCUCUGGCCAUUACAUACCCUCCACUCAAACUUACACCUGGCCAUUAUGAGACUGCAGAAGCUUACUUCUUCAGCAGUGGGAACCAUGACCCGGACCUCACCCACGUGCUUCUGCGCAGGUUCGGAGAUCAGGACCCUGUUUGUUCUGAUGCUCAAUGGGUGAAUUCUUCAAGCUGGCAUAGGGACCCUUAUUCCGGCCCAGAAUUCCAGGACUCAUGUGGCUGCCUGAAGUGUCCAAAUAAAAGUGCUGGCGCUCCCUAUCUGACCAACUGCUUGGGACACACACUGCUCAACCUCUCGGGCUACGAUGUGGAAGAAUACUUGCUGGUGCCAUCUGCAAAACCAAGGCUUGGCGGUUGGUCGUUUGGAGUACAAAUACCCAAUGAAGCUGAAGAUGUGAAGACAAACACAUCAAAACCAAAGACUUUGGCAAAGGUGUGGUACAACCAGAAGGGUUUCCAUUCUCUACCCUCCUACCUAAAUCAUCUCAACAACCUGAUUUUAUGGCAGAACUUACCUGCCCACGCUGCAGACUGGAGACAAUAUGGGAUCACACUAUACAGCCAUCCAUAUGGAGGGGCCUUGCUGAAUGAAGACAGAAUCCUGGAAAGUAUCCGCCAGUGUGGUGUUGCCCUCUGCAUUGUCCUGGGAUUCUCCAUCUUGUCAGCAUCGAUUGGUAGCUCUGUGGUGAAGGACAGAGUGACCGGAGCUAAAAGGUUGCAACAUAUAAGUGGCCUUGGCUACAGGACAUAUUGGCUGAUUAACUUCCUGUAUGAUAUGCUCUUUUACUUGGUUUCCGUCUGCCUGUGUGUCGCCAUUAUAGCAGCCUUCCAGUUAACAGCUUUCACAUUUCGGGAGAACUUGGCGGCCACAGCCCUCCUGCUAGCACUUUUCGGAUAUGCAAUGAUUCCAUGGAUGUAUCUGAUAUCCAGAAUCUUUUCUAGUUCAGAUGUGGCCUUCAUCUCCUACAUCUCCUUGAACUUCAUCUUUGGCCUGUGCACCAUGUUGAUGACCACCAUGCCCCGGCUCUUGGCUAUCAUUUCCAAAGCUCAGAGUUUGCAGAAAAUCUAUGAUGUCCUCAAGUGGGUUUUUACUAUUUUUCCUCAAUUCUGCCUGGGUCAAGGGCUCAUAGAACUCUGUUAUAAUCAGAUCAAGUAUGAUCUGACUCACAACUUUGGCAUUGAUUCUUAUGUGAGUCCCUUUGAGAUAAAUUUCUUGGGCUGGAUCUUCGUGGAGUUGACAUUGCAGGGCACGUUUCUGCUCCUCUUAAGGAUCCUGUUACACGGAGACUGCCUAAGAUGGCCAAGGGGCCACUCUGCCCUGCAGGACAUAGUCAAGCCUGUUAAGGACAUCGAUGUUGAAAAGGAGCAAAUGAGGGUGCUUGAAGGAAGAACUGGAGGAGACAUGUUGGUGUUGUGUAACCUCAGUAAAAGUUACAGAGGUGUUUGCAGGGGGAAGACGACGGCUGUGCAUGGCAUUAGUCUGGGCAUAUCACGUGGCGAGUGCUUCGGGCUCCUUGGGGUGAAUGGUGCUGGGAAGAGCACAACAUUCAAAAUUCUGAAUGGCGAAACUCCACCAAGUUCAGGCUAUGCCACGAUCAGGACUCCUCAGGGAGAUAUGGUGGAUCUGGCUUCUGCUGGCAAAGUGGGCGUGCUUAUUGGCUACUGUCCACAGCAGGAUGCCCUGGAUGAGCUCCUGACUGGCUGGGAACAUCUUCAAUACUACUGCAGACUCCGUGGUAUUCCAAAGCAGAACAUUCCAGAGGUGGCUGCAGAUCUGGUGAGGCGCCUGCACCUUGAACUUCAUGUGGAUAAACCUGUGGCCACUUACAGUGGAGGCACUAGAAGGAAGCUCUCCACAGCCCUGGCCCUAGUGGGCAAGCCUGAUAUUCUUUUAUUGGAUGAACCCAGCUCUGGGAUGGACCCCUGUUCUAAGCGGUACCUCUGGCAAACAAUAACACAAGAGGUUCGGGAUGGCUGUGCAGCGGUGCUAACCUCUCACAGCAUGGAAGAAUGCGAGGCUCUGUGUACCCGGCUGGCCAUAAUGGUGGAUGGCAGCUUCAGGUGUCUCGGGUCCCCUCAGCACAUCAAGAACAGGUUUGGUGAUGGUUACACAGUCAAAGUUUGGCUCCAUAAGGAAGGAAGUCAACCUAGCGCAGUUUCUGACUGUUUGAAGCUCCAUUUCCCCGGGAUCCAGUUUAAGGGACAACGCCUUAAUUUAUUGGAAUAUCAUGUACAAAAGAGUUGGGAGUGCUUGCCUGAUUUGUUCAGAGUUCUGGAGACCAACAAGAGCCUCCUGAAGAUCGAGCAUUACUCCAUCAGCCAGACCGCUCUGGAACAGGUCUUUGUUAAUUUUGCCACUGAGCAAACUCCACACUUUCCUGUUGAUCCUCCAUCCACCAAUGCUCAGCAUACGUGCCACGCACACAUCUAGGCUCCAGAGGACUAAGCCUGUCUUCAUAACAGCUCAUCUAAGACCAGACACAGGCACAGCUGAAGAGCUGGAAGAAAUGCUCUGCCAGCCAUGUACUCUCUCCUUUAUUACUCUAUGCUUAUUAAUAACCAGCAAACCGAAAGGUCACUCUCCAAUGUAGACUCCUUGAGAUUAUUUCUGCUGAUUGUUAAUGCCGGUGGGUGACAGGUUGCCUGCCACAGACACAGCAAUGAACUGACAAGAGUCCAAACUAAGAAGUCUAGGAACCAAGAGGAACACCCGAGGUCACCGAAGCCACACAUUGCAUCUUCCCUUUAAAUAGACCAAGUCCCGAACAAAUUGGAGUAGGAAGCGUUUCAAGGAUCAUUUCUAUUUUUUCACAUCUUUAAAUAAAUGCCUGGCAAUUUAAAUGCAAACUUCUCCUAAAACUAAGUGACAAUAUGGGGUGGUAUAAAGAAAUUGACAUACAUGUUCCUGCUUUAUGCCAAUCCAUCAGCAAAAUUUAAGAAGUUUGUUGUUUGUAAUACUCUUAGAAUCCUACAGGCUAAUUUUAUGUGGUUAUAGAAGGAAAUAAAAGUGGCUUGUGUUGUUAAUUUGGAUGUCCAAUAGUUGUCUUAAAAUUAAGCCAGUUGUUUUGAACUCUUGAGGGUCCCAUGUUGUAUUAGUAUUAGCCUCAACUAAAGCCUUGUGGAGACGAAUGUUCUCAGGUGCAAUCUCUGAGGGAGAGAAUCUCAAAUCCCUGGACUGUGGCCAACACUGGGUUUAAACACGCACAAUUGCAUGUAACUAGAUAUAUAGUGAUGGGAGCCAAUGGCCCCAGGCAAAGUCUAGACCUAGAAGGAUUAUAGGCAGCACAUAGUAACUGAACACUGAGCUUUAAGUAUUUUCCCUAAGUUCACUAAAAAAUGUCACUCUCCGAAUUGCUGCCCUCAAUGAUAGGGCUCCCGUAGGGUUUAUUAAAAUAAUAAAUAACACCUUAGAGUUAAUAAAAUGUGUAAAAUCAAUGUGUCUACUACUGAACAGACUUUCCAGUCAGACACUGCUGAACAUUUUUUAACAGCAUUUUCCUAAAUCUUGAUGAUGGACCACAUAUUUCCUUGCACAGUUUUGCCUUCGGCAGCAUUAGCAUUGGGCAGUAAUAGCUGUACUAUGCAGAAAGAACUCCACUGUGCUGUUUUUCUAUACCACGACUUUCUUAACACUGUCUUUUUUGCAUAUCAUUUAUAUCUGAGAUAUUUUAAUCAUAAUGAUUAAUCAAUCAUGAGCAACUUUGAUGUCACUGGUUUUGAUUUUCGUGUAUCCACCUCACAAGUCACAGUUUUUGGUGAAGAAAUUUCAAUUUAGGACUUUCUGAUUUUCCUUUCCUCCUACUAUGAUGUAUUCCAUUCCUUUCCUGUUGUUGAAUCAAUAAAUACCAAAUUGUGCAACAUGAAUAUAUUUAUGCUGUAGUGAAUAAAUGAGACGCGUUAUAAUUUAA